CCGGUCAAUUCACAGUUACUCACGUGGUUUGUCUGUAUUGUACUUUUACGUUUUGUUACUGAAGCAAGUCAUGGCGCAACCGCCACAGAUACACAAAGGAAUUAUCAAGCAGGUUUUGUCUGGUGACAGCGUGGUGAUACGUGGCCAGCCGAAAGGAGGACCACCACCAGAACGCAUACUUGGCCUGUCUGGAAUUGUUGCUCCUAGACUUGCUCGAAAGCCUCAAGGGACAGCAGAACAACAAACAUCCGGGAUGACCGAUGAGCCUUACGCAUUUGAGUCGCGCGAGUUUGUUCGACGUCUUUUGAUUGGAAAGCAAGUAACAUUUACAGUGGAAUACAAAGUUGCUACUAGUGGUCGUGAAUAUGGUACUGUAUGGGUCAAGCAAGGUGAUGAGAAUGUGAAUGUGAAGGAACAGGUGAUUAUGGAAGGUUUAGCAGUUCAAAGAUCUGGUGUUAAGCCUAGCGAUGAACAGAUGAAGCUAAAUGAACUCGAGGAGUUUGCAAAAGCUAGUGGGAAGGGAAAAUGGUCUAGUGAUAGUCCUGACAAGCAUGUACGUCAGGUGUUGUGGUCACUUGAAAAGUCUGCUGCAGAACAGUUUGCCGCCAGGAAUCAAGGCAAAGAGAUAGAUGGUGUGAUUGAGUUUGUUAGAGACGCUGGCACAAUGAGAGUCGAACUACUUCCAUCUCAUCAGUACAUUACUCUUAUGCUAGCAGGAAUCAAGACGCCCGCCUUUAAGCAGGAGGCGGGGGAACCUUUUGCUGAAGAGGCAAAGUUUUUUGUUGAAUCUCGGCUGUUACAGCGUGAUAUUAAAGUGCUAGUUGAAGGUUUUUCAAAUCAAAAUAUUGUGGGCUCAAUUCUGCAUCCGGCUGGCAGCAUCACUGAAGUUCUUCUACGUGAGGGGUUUGCUCGUUGUGUUGACUGGAGCAUGGCAUUUGUUAGCAGAGAUAGAGAAAAACUGCGAGCAGCUGAAAAGGCAGCAAAAGAUGCCCAGCGAAGGUUGUGGCGUGGCUAUGUUGCACCUACAGUUGCAAUUACAACAUCUGAGAGAGAAUUUACUGGAAAGGUAGUUGAAGUCAUCAAUGCUGAUGCUGUUGUCAUAAAAAAAGCUGAUGGCGACACAAAAAAAUUUCAUCUUUCAAGCUUGAGACCACCAAGAAAAGAGAAAGAUGAAGAAACUGAUGUAUCUCCACGUGGAUCUGGUCGAAUGUUGUAUGAUGUUCCAUAUAUGUUCGAGGCUCGAGAGUUACUUCGAAAGAAACUGAUUGGAAAGAAGGUGAAUGUUGUUGUGGAUUACGUGAAACCAGCUGAAAAUACUUUUCCUGAAAGAACAUGUGCUACAGUAUCAAUAGGAGGAAUCAAUGUUGCUGAGGCAUUGAUUAGUAAAGGUUUUGCAUCAGCUGUAAGGCACAGGCAAGAUGACGAACAUCGCUCAUCGAAGUAUGAUGAUCUUUUGGCAGCAGAAUUGAGAGCCAAGAAGAAUAUGCGUGGCAUUCAUGCAAAAAACAAAGAUGCUACAGUUCACAGAGUUGCCGACAUAUCUGGAGAUCACAGUAAAGCCAAACAGUUUUUGCCAUUCUUACAGAGAGCUGGUCGGUCAGUGGCGAUUGUAGAGUUUGUUGCUAGUGGUUCUAGAUUGAGACUCUACAUUCCGAAAGAAACAUGUCUCAUCACCUUUUUGUUGGCAGGUAUCAGUUGCCCUCGAGUGGCUCAAGUUGGUCGUGGUGGUCACCAGACUGAGGGAGAGCCUUUUGGCCAGGAUGCACUUACAUUUACAAAGGAAUUUUGUCUACAACAUGAGGUUGAAGUUGAAGUGGACAGCAUGGACAAGGCCGGUAAUUUCAUUGGUUGGUUGUUUAUCGAAAACAGAAAUCUUUCAGUAGCCCUGGUGCAGGCUGGUUUGGCAUCAGUGCAUUUUACUGCUGAUCGCUCAAAGUAUGCGAAAGAGCUCUACUCCAAUGAAGAUGCCGCUAAAGCUAAGAAAGAGAAGAUUUGGGCUAACUAUGAGGAGACAACAGUUGAAGAAGAGACUAUAAGUGAAGAUUCAGAACGACAGUGCGAAUACCAGGAUGUUGUUGUGACUGAACUUAGUGGUCCAAUCAGUUUCUGGGCUCAGAAAAUAGCUACCGGUCCUGAGCUAGAAGAGUUUAUGGAGCAACUACGGGUAGAGUUUGAAGCCAAUCCUCCAACUGCAGGCGCAUAUAAACCAAAGAAAGGGGAUAUUUGUGCUGCACAGUUUUCAGAUAACCGAUGGUAUCGCGCACAAGUUGAAAAAGUUUCUGGUGGUCAGGUACAGAUACUUUACAUUGACUUUGGCAACAGAGAAGAUACUAAGACCAUAAAUCUUGCACAGCUACCAGCUGCCUAUUCCAAACUUCCUCCUCAGGCCACUCAGUAUCGUUUAGCCUUUGUUGCAGAGCCACAGGAUGAAGAUUGGAUUAGUGAAACAAUGGCUUCUCUAAAUUCAGAUCUUUUGAAUCGUGAAAUGAAAUUGAAUGUGGAGUACAAGAAUGGAACAGAGAUUUAUGUCACUGCCAUCGACCCUGAAAGCCAAACUGACUUUGGCAAGAGCCUCGUAGAAAGUGGUCUCCUACUUGCUGAGAAACGAAGAGAAAGACGAUUUACCACCCUUGUUGAAGAAUACCAAGCAGCACAAAAUAAAGCAAAGGCAAACAGAUGCAAUAUCUGGCAGUAUGGUGACAUCACAGCCGAUACAGCAAUUGAAUUUGGCUACAAGAAGUCGAGCUAGACAGGAACUGGCAAUGAUUGAUUGAGACAGAAUGGAUUCUAUUUUCAUGUUUGUGGUAAUGUACAAACAUUUCCAUUCUCUAAUUACAUCACCAGUGAAUAAACUAGAACAACCGUUGGGCUUUGCCCAUCGUGCUCUUGA